AUGGAUCUCUCUGACUUUUCAAAAGAACUCCAAAAGGGUUCUGAAUCGAGCGUUGUCCAGCGGUCUUCGCUGAAGCCUCUUUACUUUACCUCGAUUUCGGUCGAUGGAGACAACGGCAGCAGUCCUCUAUCUAACACGGUUUACAACUCUGUCCUAGAGCCCGUAUUGGUGCAGCCCUUACAGACGCUUGACCAAUCUCUGAGCAAUUUUGCUGAAAUCAAGAAGAAGCUUAUUUAUACAGGCCUGUUUCGCGAUGUGAAGAUUUCGUUAGACAACGAAGUUUCAAGCGACGAGCUCCAGUCCUUGCCAAAAGAUCUCGUCAAAGGCUACGCCCUAGAGAUGCCUAUUCCAACUAUUGCUCGUAUACGCUUAACCCCCAUAAAUCUUAACAGGGCAUCCUUGACGUCUUUUACAGGCGACACCCUAUCAUCGAUGGGCGGCCGCUAUUCUGUCAUCAAUAAUUUUGGCAAAGCAGAAGUAUUGACGCUACAGGGUAAGCUUGCAUAUCAGCCUUUCCAAUCAACCUUUGAUGAAAAGGUUCUAGAGGCCAAGUUGUUGAUCCCAUUGCAAAAAAAUCCAUCCGUUAAAGCGGUCUUCGACGCCAACUACGCUAACAUUGACCUGAAUGGUCAACCUUUUAUUGAGAAGAGGGACCAGCAUCGCCAGAAACAAGUAUCGGUCAAUGUUGGUGUGCAAAAACAGUGGGUCAACAUCAAGACAGGCUUGGCACCUGUUUUGUAUAACGGAUUUUCCGUCGUCGCAAGAAACUUGGAUGAAGUCCGUAAAGAAGCCUCUGAAGCCAUUCGACAGUUUGACGCGCCAUUUGUGAAAAACAGCUUUGUUUCACAGCUUUUGGUGGAUAACAGAAAGUUCUUUGGUUUGUUUCCAGCUUCCGGCCUAAAGUUUUCUAUCAACAAUGAGUAUGUGCUCUCUGAAAGCUUUGACAAAAAGGCAGGCACCGCUGUUUCCCAAAACGAAGGCUUCGAUAAGCUCGCGGUUGAUUUUGAAGCACACCGAGCAUUCUUUGGCAACAAGAUUAUUAAUUCGCUUGAAUUAGCAUGUGGAGGCAUUUUCUCAGCAGGCAAGUCCUCCAGCCUAGUGCAUCACAUCGAUAAAUUUUACCUAGGUGGUAUGUCCUCGCUUAAGGGCUUUGAAAGAAAUUCUGUCGGGCAGCAUGGUGGUAAACUUUUCUACAAACUGGGCCUGGCAUCCUCAUUCAAACUCCCAAACACCCCAGCUAACUCACCUCUAAGGCUUCAGUUUUUCUUUAAUGCUGGUGACGUCCAGAACAAAAAGCCAACCCAAUUCUCGUGCGCCGCAAGUUCUGGAGUUUCGCUGCUCUAUAAAAGCUCUCUUGCCAAUAUGGAUCUCACAUAUGCCUUUCCGUUAACAAAUAGAGGCCAGGACAUUCAAAAACCAGGGUUUUCUUUUGGUGUCUCCCUGUCCUUGUAUUAA